GAUUAUAAGCGCCGGUCGCGUCGUACUUGUUGUUUAUAUUUUGUUUGGGGCUUGUUAUCUUCACAGUUAAAUUGCACUGGCAAUGGCAGAGGGUUAUUUGUUUUUAUUUUUGUAAAUGUUUUAAAAGUUCAGUUAUCAAUCAGUUGAAGUUCGUAAUUUGAACCGUAUGUGCGGGUUGAUGUUUGAAUUUCAUUCAUAUUUUUGUAUUAAAAUUUAUUAUAUCGACACGUGCUGCAGUUUAAGUUAUUGUUUUUAUUUAAAUAUUUAAAAUUUAACAGAAAAGUGAAGAAACCAGCGGCGUGCUUUCCUUCCGAAACUAUCAACAUAAGCAGUUUUAUUUAAUCAAUAUACAAUCUUGCUGUUUAAAAAAACAUUAAAUAAAAUGUAAAUAACUUACAAAUGUUAACAAAACAAAACGUACUUGAGACCUGGACAAUCGUCGUCGCUGUACCUUCGAAUAACAUUUUAAUUAAAAGCUAUUAAAAUCGUGAGUGAGCGCAUAAACAAGCAAUAUACGGAAUUGCAGCUUUAACACUGAAAAUGAAACGUUAACAACAACGACGACAACUCCAAUAAGAAAAUAUAGCGAUUAAUUCCUAUUCUGGAAUUGAUUAAGAACCAGCCAGUAGUGGUGCGUUGAGCUGAGGAACUUUGUGCGCUUACUGCUAAAUAUGCGAUCAUUUAAGUAAGAAAAAAGGGUACAAAUUAAACUUGUAAUCAUUCGUAAAUAGUCGGUGGUGAGCGCGGAAGUGUUUUUUUUCAACUUAGUGUGCUCUUUUUAAAUUAUUUCUUAUUUAUUUUCAUAAUUUAAAUAAACUUUAUUUGUUAAAUCGACUCUAAGUUUGUUGAGAAUAUGGAAUUCGUUUUGAGAUUUAUUGCUUCGUUGCUCAAUAUAGUGGGCAUCAUUUUGAGCCCCAUUAUCGCAUACUUCACUGGAGGCAAACGUGCUCAGAUUCCACCUCCAAGUCAACCAGAUUUGACAAAUGUUCCUAUAGUAGAAUUAGUGGUUAAAAUUAGACAGCAAGAGCUUAAGUCUGAGGACUUAGUUCGGGCAUAUGUGGAGCGCAUCAGAGUGGUCAAUCCCAUUUUGAAUGCAAUUGUUGAAGAUCGGUGUGCUGGAGCAAUCAGAGAUGCUAAGCAAGUGGAUCAAUUGAUUAAAACAACACCACCUGAACAAUUGAAGGCACUUUUCGAAAGACACCCCCUUCUUGGAAUUCCUUUUACAGUGAAGGAGUCAUGUGGCGUUAAGGGAAUGUCUCAUGUUGUUGGAAACGAACAUCGGUAUUUCCUACAAAGUGAAAAUAAUGGUGAAGCUGUUGAACUUUUACGAGAUGCAGGAUGUAUUCCAUUGUUGGUGUCAGCAAAUCCAGAAUUUUGUCAGAGUUGGGAAACGACAACUAAAACACAUGGAAGAUGUAAUAAUCCUUUCGAUACCACAAAAACUCCAGGAGGUUCAUCAGGAGGAGAAGGUGCAUUAAUUGGGUGCGGAGCUUCACCAUUCGGAGUUGGAUCAGAUAUUGCUGGAUCAAUAAGAUUGCCUGCACUUUUCAAUGGAAUUUUCGGACACAAGCCUACAGGUGGAUUGGUUUCGGUAACAGGCCACUACCCAAUGUCUGAUGAUAAGUUAUUCCGAAAAUAUCUACAAGUUGGGCCGAUGACACGUUAUGCACGUGAUCUUCCACUUCUUUUGCAAAUUAUGAGCGGACCCAAUGCUGAUAAAUUGGAAUUUUCUAAACCGAUUCACACAAAGGAUAUCAAAGUGAACUACAUGAUAGAAGAUGAACUCACAUUAACUCGAUCAUCAAUUGAUAGUGAUUUUAAAGUUGCUAUUCUGAGGGCUAUUAAGCACUUCGAAAAUAAUGGAAUGCAACCUAAAGAGGUGAAAAUUAAACAUUUAUCCAAAUCAUUGGAGAUAACGCUGGCGUCGAUUUUCGAUAUAGAAACUCCAAAUAUUUUGAUUAAUCCCCAGAAGCCAAACAAUCCUGACAAUGUUUACGCAGAGCUUGGAAAGUCGCUCAUCGGUGAUUCGAAGUACUCUUUCAAUGGAUUGUUCUUGGAAUUUCUUAAAGGCGUGAAUGGCAUGAUUCCGAAAGACAAUGUUAAGCACUGGCUUAAAGAGAGUGAAGCUUUAAAAACCGAGCUUACCAAUCUCCUUGGAGACGAUGGAGUUCUUCUCAUUCCCACCUUCCACAAAACAGCAAUGUCUCAUAAUACAUCCGUUUUUAAUCUUGGUGGGGUUCCACUUCUUUCACUUGCUAAUGUCCUAGGCUUUCCAGCUACACAUAUUCCAAUGGGACUAAAUUCAAAUGGUUUACCUAUUGGAUUUCAAGUUGUGGCCACUCCGUACAAAGACAAAUUAUGCAUUCAAAUUGCAGCUGAAUUGGAGGCUGCAUUUGGGGGAUGGGUGCAUCCGCAAUGAUUUAAUUCUUUUAAGUGCCAAAGUUGUUAAAAAAAUAUUAUUUAUUUUGUAAGGUGUUUGAAAAUGUUGUGAUUUAGGUUAGAAUAAAAACAAAAAUUUAAUACU